AUGUUCAAACGGUUGCUUGUCACGCUCACCGCGUGCUCGAGGCUUGCCUCUGCGGUACCAUUUCCCCAGAGUGGUGUCAGCGUGCAAGCGUCCAACCUCGAUGCCUGUCCUGGAUAUAGCGCCUCCAAUGUAGUCAAGACAGACUCGACCCUCACUGCCGACCUCUCUUUAGCUGGUACCGCCUGCAAUAUCUACAGCGAAGAUCUCGAGGAACUCAAGUUGCUUGUUGAGUACCAGAGCAACGAGCGUCUCCACAUUAAGAUCUACGAUGCAGGUCUCAACGCUUACCAAGUCCAAGAAGAGGUACUGCCACGUCCUAAAAAUGGCAACACAGCCUCAUCGGAUGCAGCUCUGCAGUUUGACAUUGUCGAGCAGCCAUUCUCCUUUAAGGUAACACGGAAAGAGAAUGGCGAGGUACUCUUCGACACGUCUGCUGCGUCACUGGUCUUUGAGAGGCAGUAUGUCCGUCUGCGUACCAGCAUGCCAAAGGACCCGAAUGUGUACGGUCUGGGAGAGCACAGUGACUCUUUCCGUUUUCACACGGACAGCUAUAACCGUGUUCUGUUUGCUGCGGAGUCGCCUAACAUUCCUAACAACUCUAAUCUCUACGGUACUCAUCCAGUUUACUUCGAUCAUCGCGGUGACCGGGGUACUCAUGGUGUGUUUUUGGUCAACUCCAGCCCCAUGAACGUCGUCCUGACCAAGACUGAGUCCGGUGAUCAGUACCUCGAGUACAACACUAUUGGUGGAAUCAUGGACUUCUACUUUAUGGCCGGCAAGCAGCCUGCUGAUGUGUCCAAGCAAUAUGCGGACAUUGUCGGCUACCCAGCUAUGUUCCCUUACUGGGCGUUCGGCUUCCACCAGUGCAAGUAUGGGUAUUGGGAUGUCAACAUGGUUGCCGAGGUUGUUGCAAACUACUCGACUGCCGGAAUUCCGCUCGAAGUUAUGUGGACAGACAUCGACUACAUGAAUCUGCGCCAGGACUUCACCACAGAUCCCGAUCGCUUCCCCGUGACCAAGAUGAGGGAGUUGGUCAGCACUCUGCACGAGCGCGACCAACGUUAUAUCCUCAUUCUGGACCCGGGUGUUCAUGCUGUUGACUACGAUACGUAUAAUAAGGGUCAUGAGAUGGAUGUCUUCCUCAAGGCUGCCGACGGUACUGAUCUGUUGGGCGUUCAAUGGCCAGGAGAGGUGGCAUGGCCAGACUGGUUCCACCCAAAUACAGCACAGUGGUGGACAGAAGAGAUGCAAGCUGCGUUCGACGCUGACUCUGGGAUUGAUAUCGACGGAAUCUGGGUCGACAUGAACGAAGCAUCCAACUUCUGCGCAGAUCAGAACUGUAAUCCACGCCAGAAGGCCAUCGACGACGGCAUUCCACCGAAGCCCGCCAAUUCCCCUCGACCCAACACCGGCCGCCCUAUCCCUGGCUUCCCCAACUCGUUCCAGCCUUCUUCAACGGGCUCUUCACUCAAAUCCCGCGACACUAAGGCUUUGUCUCCGCGCCAGGAUGUGUGGGGUCAGUCGAAGGGUUUCCCCGAUCGCGAAUGGUUCAACCCCAAGUACGACAUCAAGAGCCACCGUGGCAAUCUGACUUCGUUGACCAUCUACACCAACACGACCAACUAUGACGGUACAUGGCAGUACGACACGCACAGUCUGUACGGCCACAUGAUGGCAUUGACAACGCAGCAAUCAAUGGUGACGCGCCGCCCCGCACUGCGUCCCUUCGUCCUGACGCGCUCAACCUGGGCCGGCAGCGGGCGCAAGGUCGCGCACUGGUUCGGCGACAACGAGUCCUCAUGGGAACACUACCGGACUUCGAUCCGACAGAUGCUCUCCUUCGUCGCCAUGCACCAGAUGCCCAUGGUUGGCAGUGACGUCUGCGGCUUCAACGGCAACGCAGACGAGUAUAUGUGUGCGCGGUGGGCUCUCCUCGGCGCCUUCCAGCCCUUCUACCGCAACCACGCCGCCGACAACGCGCGCACGCAGGAAUUCUACCAGUGGCCGCUUGUCGCCACCGCAGCGCAAAAGGCAAUCGCUACCCGCUACAAGCUCAUCGACUACAUCUACACGGCGCUACACUACCAAACUACCACCGGCGCCCCCAUGAUCAACCCCAUGUUCUUCCUCUACCCAAACGACACCAACACCUUCGCCAUCCAAGAACAGUGGUUCUACGGCGACGCCCUACUCGUCUCGCCCGUCACAACCGACUACUCCGACACAGUCACAUACUACCUCCCCGAUGACGUCUUCUACAACUACUGGACCUACGCAAAAUACGAGGGCCGCGGCAUAAACGUCACAGAGACGAACCUGACCUACACCGACAUCCCAGUGCACAUCCGCGGCGGCACCAUCAUCCCGCACCGCGCAAACAGCGCAAACACUACCAAAGCCCUGCGAAGCGAGGAAUUCUACCUCGUCGUUGCGCCUGGGCGCGACGGCAAGGCGGCGGGCCGCUUGUACCUCGAUGAGGGCGAGAUGGUGCAGCAGGAUCGCGUUAGCGAGAUUGAAUUCUCCUUCGAGGGGGGGACGUUUAGCGCUGGGGGCUCGUUUGCGUAUGCAGGUGCGGACGGCGAGAGUGUGACUGUCGCCAGUGUUGUUGUGCUGGGGCGCGAGCAGGCGGGUGCGACGGGGACGUUUGAUGCAGAGAAGGGGACCAUUGAAGUUAGUGGGCCGUGGGAAUUGAGUGGGGAUUGGGGGUUUGAGAUUUAG